AUGAUCAAAUCCAGAAAAGCAAGUGAAUCCACUGACUUCUUUCGUCGAAUUUGUAGCAAAAAAAACUCGCUAGUGUCCCCCCCAAUAAGCGUAGCCGCUUUGCCCGUCAGUGCAGUUUGGACUAGGCAAUCCGAGCGCCCCCAGCUAUUUCAAAGUGCAUGGGCAGCGUCAAUAAUGCGGCUCUUUCCGGUACCACCUUCGCCUCCGAGAAACAUUCGCAGUUGGUUGUCACGCAGAACAGAACCAAAAUCAUCGACUGGAACUUCGGAUUCCUCAGCACGCUUCCACCGCGACAGCAGCGCUUGA